UGGUUGUCAUUGACGUUUUUUCUCCUCACACAAAGCUGAUGAGGGGUUGGCUCUUGAGAGUGAAAGGAGGUGUGGUUUCCAUUUUCAUUUGGAUGUUAAUAUUUGAUCAGCGCUCCAGCUUUGAACGUUGUAAUUGCUGCUUUCAUUUGAAGAAGAGAGGGUGAGACGCUUGACAAAAGAGAGUGGUCUGCACACGCAUGUAAAGAAAGACAGAUGUUUCACUAAUCCAGGUCUCUUCUAGGUUAGCUGGUCUGAUUAGUGAACAGGUGCAAUGUGAAUGCAUCAUGGGAAGGGAGAGGAAUUUCAUGCAUUUUAAUGACUAUGACAGCUACUUUAGCGUCCUGCGGCUGGCAGCAUUACUGUCAAUAGCAGUCUGAACAUGUUACAGUGCAGUGAAAGAGGAAUAGCAAAGAGGAAGCAUUCACAAAAACACUCAUGGGCAGUGGGUGUGAGUUUCAUGUUGACGCCUGGAGGGACACGCCGUUAAAGACAACCACUGAUGUCAACUGAAGAUCAAUACUGUAUCUCUACCGCCAUUGUGAAAGAUGCCAAUACUUACUUUAGCUUUAAGCUUAAAAGCUGAAAUGGGUCCAGACCUCAAAGGAGGAUCAACAAGACUAAACACAAGAGCUUAGGAACACAGAACCCUCUGGAAAGAUGAGUGUGAAUGAUGAAAAUGUCAGACCUUUUGGGACCAGCAAUGAAGAAUGCUGUGGGGAAGUCAGGAACAACAACAGACAUGCUGAAAAAUCCUUGGAUGGAGAUGCCAAUGCUAAUGAAAUCCAAAAAAGGGAUGAAGGGACUUUGGAGGUCAAUGGCACAAUGUCCUCUUUGGUGUUUCACACUGAAGAACAGGUGAAGAUGAUAAUCCAGAGCACUGAUUCCCCAUGUGAAGACCCAGAGCUUGCUGAGUUUGAGAUGCUGGAAAGUCAGGAACUAAGGGACGAGAACACUAUUCCUAAAAAGCCUGCUAUAGAUAAAUGUAUGUCCUCCUUGCUAACUUCAAUAGAGCAAGAUUCCACUGUUUGCUUUCAGUCUACGAGCAAAGAAAAGGUGGCCAGCAUAGUUAAGACAGAGGUUAGCUUUGAGAAUGAUGUUUUUGAGUCUUGCUUCUCCACAAUGUCUAGUCUUGGAGACAGUUUUGCUAGUGCCCUUGACCAUGUCAGUCGAUCUCACAGCUCUAAUUCAUGCCAUGCUUCUUUAGGUCCCUACCGAACUCUCUCUGAGGACCUUACUCUUGCCUCCCAGUCUUGUUGUCUAACCAUAUCAGAUAAAAGUCGAAUCUUUCAACACACAGAGGACAAGCAUCAUCAAAGAGAAAAAAACACAACACACAUUGUAAGUGUUGAUCUCAAUCUUAACUCUACCACUUUUCCAGAGGAACCUCUUUUAGAAGCACAAGUAAACCAACCAGCUACACACUUUGAAACAGAUGAGAGCUCAGGUCCGCUGACAAAUAGAUUGAGUGAUUGUAGCAUUGUAAGGGCCAACGAGGUCCCUAAUGAAUCAGGAAGUGCAGGUCAGGACAAGGCAGAAGAAUCUGAAAUUCUUGUUAUGGCACAAGACACAGAUCCACAGAAAGAAAUAUAUACUACUAAAUCUGGUCAACCUUUCAUCCAAGAUAACAGACAGCCUGCAAGAAAGUUUUCCCAGCAUUCCAUUAGUGAUUUGAAGAAUAAACUUAAAUCUUACGAGGAGGAAUCUCCUGACUUGAAUCUUAAUCAAUCAAAACCAAACUUAACAGGUUCAUCCGUCCACUCUAGUUGUCCUGAACCACAACCGUACAAGAAGCAAGCAUCUUUUGAAAAAGCACGAAGUUCUAGUACAUCGAGUUUGGAAAGGAGAAAACCUUGGGGUAGCCCGUCUCGCCAUGAUGCACCUCAAUCCCCUAAAACUUCCGGUUCACCUAGAAAACAACCACCUUCAUCACCAGCCAGAGUUAUCAGCACAAAAGAGGCAAGUCAAGAACGUAGUGAAACUCCACAGAAGGGCACCAGUGGUCUGAGGCAAGCAAGUAAAAGCUUUCUCAGCAGUAGUAGUAUUCCAAAACCUUUCCUUCCUCAACAUCCUCAACAUGAGUCUGAACCUAAGAAGUCCUCUCCAGCACAGAAACCCAAAAACGUCAGACCAAAAAUCAUCACCUCUGUCCGCAAGAGCCCUCAGGCAAAGCCAGCUUCCGAGGGCCCCUACGAAGUAUCGACACUACCGCCCAGACUUACACCAUAUGUCAGCUCUCCAGCCCCCAAAGACCUCAAGACUGAGGGGUCCAGAGGUUCACCUGUGUUGAGUUCAUCUAAUAUUCUUUAUGAUAAGUAUCAGCAGAACAUACAGAGGUCAGGGAAUUACUCCCCUCCAGGAGUAUCUGGAAUCAGGCCACUUAAUCAGAACGUUCCACACAAAAUGGUGGGCAAAUCAGAGAGUUUCCAUAGAGAGCUGCAAGAUGAAUACUUACACGAGGGUAGUAAAGGGGUGCCGCUGAGUUCCCAUGAUGUUGCGGGUGUUUUCCGCUUUCCCAGAGCAUUAAGGCCUCAGCUUGGCCUUGGUGCUGUCACGAGACAGCCUGCUGCUAAGAGCAGGGUGGUUUCACAAGGCCAAAGGUCAGCAUCACCCCUGAGCUAUGCGGCUACAGCUGGUCCGGCUCCAAACACUCAACAGGAACCCACAGUGGAUCAGAAGAGAAUGGCAUCAAGUGUGCCCCCCAAAUUUUUAAUCCCCAAACCGGGUCAGUCUGGACUGCGUCCACCGGGGUUCUCACAUCUGCCUCCUGCCCAACUGGCUGCCUUUGGCUUCGUCCGCAGUGCCAGUGUGUCUUCUGUCUCCAGCAACCAAUCAAACGAUAGCACACACAGUGACCCCUGCCGAUCCAGCCGUCCAAACAGUGCCAGUGAGGAGACUCUCCUCUGUCGCGCUCCUCUUCCCUCUGCUGAGAGCAGCAGUAGCCGGAGUCCUCACCGCGGCAGCCCCCCACCCCUCACCCGUCGCUCUCUCCUCCCGCCUCCUCGCGGCUCGCCCGUGGCCUCUAGAAAAGAAUUUCAGAGAGAUGAAAUCAUACGGCCCAUUGUGUCGUCCCCGAAGAGGUUUGCAGUGGUCUCUCCCAAACCUCAGUCCCCUGUGCGUCAGAAGUCAUGUGUGGCUCGUCUGGGUGGUCGUGUGGAGGGUGUGGAUGCUGAGAGGGAGCGACUGAUGGUACAGAAGCUGAGAGAGAGGUGUAUAGAUCAGGCCCAGAAACUGAUCACACUGCAGGAUGAGCUCAGGAGAUCCUCACGCUGUCUGGAUGUGUUCGUCAUUACUACACAACACUUCUGCCGGAAGAGCGAGAGCGCUGCCGUGAAGGAGAGGGAGUUAUCCCUGCAGUUAGCCAGGAUCAGGGAUGAAGUGGAGGUCAGUGUUCAGAGGUGGGAGUGUCUGCAGGGUGAGAAGGUCCAGCUGGAGCAGAGUUUUGAGCGGGAGCUGAAGGGACUUCAAGAGGAGCAACAGAAGGACCUCAAGGCUUUGCAGGAGAGACUGGUAGAGGAGCACCGCUCUGAGAUACAGCGACUUCAGCAGCAGCAGAAGAACCGCUUGGAGCUUCUCCUCACCCAACACCAGGAACAGGUGGAGGAGAUGAGUGAAAGUCAUGAGACAGCCCUCAAAGAGAUGGAAGUGACUCACAUUGCGGCACUGGCCACUCUACAGGAGGAACAUAACAGAACCGUCAAGAACCUCAGGAUGGCACAUGAACAACAGAAGAAAUCAAUGGAAGAGGAAUUUGAGAAGCUAAGACUCUCACUGCAGGAUCAGGUGGACACACUGACAUUUCAGAACCGCUCUCUGAGAGACCGGGCCAAACGUUUUGAAGAAGCUCUACGCAGAAGCACAGAUGAGCAGAUAGUGGAUGCACUCGCACCCUAUCAGCAUAUCGAGGAGGACCUCAAAAGUCUUAAGGAAGUCCUGGAGAUGAAAAACCAACAGAUUCACGAACAAGAACUCAAGAUUUCAGAGCUCGAAAAAAUGGCCCAAAAGAAUGUCCUGUUGGAGGAGCGUAUUCAGGUGCUACAGCAGCAAAAUGAAGAUCUAAAGGACAGGAUUGACCGCAACCUUGCUAUGUCCAGGCAACUUUCAGAGGAAAACGCAAAUCUGCAGGUGUAUGUGGAGAAGGAGAGCAAUGAGAAGAAGCGACUGAGUCGCACCAAUGAAGAGCUUAUGUGGCGUCUGCAGACGGGCGAGUUGAGCCCUCGAAUGUCUCCCACCCAGUCGCCCCUCCAUCGACCGGCCUCUAGUCCACCGUCACCCUCCCGAAUACAGACCUUCCCUAGAUGAGUCACCCCGUUUUUCCACCUUUCUUUCUCUCUUUUGCAAAUUUUGUCUAUCAUCCUCAAAUUACAUUUCACAUCAUGUGGAUUCUCACCGGAAAAGAAGAUGCUCACAUGAUCACAUUAUUUUCCUGAUCAUCUCACCCCUGACUCUACAGUUUUGCCAUCUCAGGCAAAUAUUGGGAACAUACAUUUCUUGUUAAUUCGUUUUCAUUUUAUAAAUAUACAACAGGAUCGCGAGUGUUUGUCUCAUACAUUUCCAAACAUUAAUCAGGAGAGCAUUAUUAACUAGGACUAUUUUCCUUCGAAGAAAAACCACCCACCAGCAACCCUCUGUGAGCCUAAGCAUUAUUUGAUAACUGACAUGCACCUGACAGAGUAUUACAGCAAGAUAUUUAAAGGCAAUUGUUAAUCAAAUGCUAUCAUUUUUUUCUUCUUGGAAAUAGGGACCCAAAAUUUUGUAAUGUAGUUUUAAUUUACAUUUAAAAGGAAAUAUCAUCCAAACAUUUAUUUUUCUUAAAGGGGUAGUUCACCCAAAAAUAAAUUCUGUCAUCAUUUACUCACUCUCAUGUUGUUACAAA